CACAUUAUCAUUUUCAUAGAUCAUUCGGACGAUAGCAGAUCUAAUGGAUGGAAGGGCUAUAUAAUCUAUAUAAUUUAUCUUGCUGUCUUGAUAGCAAAGUCAUUGCUCUGCUUGCGAGUAAUACUAUAUCAUGGCCCCCAUUGCUACCUCGUCCUUUAUUGAUAUCGAACCCCCCGUGGUGAUUGGUCCAGUCACCAAGAAAGCUACACGACCCUCCAAUGCCCUGCCACAGUCUUUGAUCGACGGGGCCAAGGUGGCCGAGCGGCAGGCAUUUGAUCCCGCCAGACACUUGACCUUCCAGCCUCCCAAGUCCAUCCUUACGAUGGAACAGAUCGGCCUCAAGGGACACGGUAUCUCCCCCCAUGCCGCUACGGACCCGUUCCCUCUGUUUUCGCAGGAGGCCAUUGAACAGAUGCGGGCGGAGAUUUUCGAUGAACGGGUGCUCGCCGACUGUCAGUAUUCGUCGUCGUUUAACAAGAAUAUGAUCCGAGGCAUGGGUUCGGCACGUGCUCCUUUCACCUACGCAGCAUGGAAAUCCCCCGAGACUCUGGCCCGUAUUUCCGAGGUGGCCGGAAUCGACCUGGUCCCCUCGAUCGACUAUGAAAUUGCCAAUAUCAACAUCUCCAUCCGAGAUGAGAACGCCAGCAUGGAUCUCCUGCUGCACCAGAAUCAAGCAAACGACGAUGAGUUGCCGGCCGUUGCGUGGCAUUACGAUAGUUUCCCGUUUGUCUGUGUGACAAUGCUGUCGGACUGCACCGGCAUGGUGGGUGGAGAAACGGCCUUGCGAAUGCCCAGUGGAGAGAUCAUCAAGGUCCGGGGGCCUGCCAUGGGAACCGCCGUGGUGAUGCAGGGCCGGUAUAUCGAACACCAAGCCCUCAAGGCGCUUGGAGGACGGGAACGGAUCAGUAUGGUGACUUGUUUCCGGCCCAAGUCACCUUUAGUCAAGGAUGAAACGGUGUUGGUGGGAGUGCGUGGCAUCAGUAACAUUUCCGAACUGUACACGCAGUACACCGAGUAUCGACUGGAGAUUCUGGAAGAGCGGAUCCGCCACCAGUUGAAGCAGGAGAGGGAGCGGGAGAUCGCUAAGAGGCCGUUUGAUGUUGGGACCAUCCGACACUUUCUGAACAACCAGAAAUUGUUUAUUGAGUCCAUGUUGACGGAAAUUCAAGAACUCGAGUAA